CUUCUGUUCCCCUUCGCUCCGAGCUAAGCGUUCCUUUACCGCAGAGUCCGUUUGCCGCGCCCUACCCUACACACCCUUCCAACCAAGUAGCAACGGAUUUGUCAACAAGCCGGUCGGCCUUCUGGUGGGCCCGAGAAACCGCCCGGAGCCUGAUGAUGACUGACGACUUUGCUCUCUCGGGACCAAAGCAUCACGCAAGGCAGCCAGUCUUGGUCAGCAUAGCAGCCUGUAGGGCCGCCAGUAUUCGCAACAUGUGACAGCCUGUGAGGCCGUCGGACUUGGGGACACACAGCGACGUCUAGGAUCCCCUGUCUGUGUGAUGAUAUAAAAACCUCAAUGCCACUUACCAUCCUGAUGCGAGAAUAUGGUGAUGGUCCUUAGACAAGGGUGCCUUGAUACCUUAGCCUGACCAGCAGCACUUCCGCCUCGGGACGUUCCAUCUAGCCCAGACCCCAUCAAAGUUCUGGACUUCCCAAAAUAACCCGCCUUAUUUAAGCUCUUCACUACAGCCUCAGCCUUACCAUGGCGUCACCCAAGCUCAUCGUCUUCGGCCCCACUGGCGACAUCGCCAGCGUCGCGGCCCUUACGGCCCGCGGCCUCGGCGCCCACGUCGUGCUGGCCAUGCGCGACCCGUCCAAGCCCAUCCCUGGCCUGGCCGCGGAGCUCGAGGCCCGCGGCGGCUUCGAGCGCGUGCGCGCCGACCUGGCCGACCCCGACUCGGUCGCCGCCGCCGUGACCACGACGGGCGCCACGCGCGCCGUCUUCUACGUCGACUUUGCCAGCACCGACGGCAUGCUCGCCACCGUGCGCGCGCUGCACGGCGCGGGCGUCGACUCCCCCGUCCUGAUCAGCAGCGCCUCGGUCCACAACCGCGGCGUCCCGCUGGAGCGGCUGGUGACGCACGGCGCCGACGAGCCCAUCGCGCGCGCGCACGCCGCCGUCGAGCUCUCCCUGCGCGCCGUGUACGGGCCCGGCGGCUACGUCGCGCUGCGUCCCGGCUUCUUUGCCAGCAACUCGCGGCGCUGGCUGGGCGGGGGCCAGCUCGCGAGCGGCCGCGUCACGCUCGAUUUCCCAGAGCGCGUGUUCGACUGGAUCGCGCCGCCCGAUAUUGGGCGCGUCGCGGCGCAUGUGGCGCUGCGCGCCGGCGGGGCGCGGGAGGUGGUGGCCGAGGCCGGCGGCGCCGAGGGCAUCGUGCUGAUGGGCCCGCGGCUGCUGUCGGGGCGCGAGGGGACGCAGGUUAUCGCGAGGGCGGCUGGGUUCGGCGAGGUCGGGAUCGAGGAGAUUCUGGACGAGGAUGCUGCGGUGCGGCACAUGGUUGAGAAGCAGGGCCUCCCCGAGAUAUUCGCCCGGACGCUGGCUAAGCACGGCGUGGAUUACGCCAUGACGGAGGAGAAUACGACGGUCGGGCCGGCGAAUGUUGUCAAGUUUGGUGAUGGGAAGAUCACAAGUCUGGAGGGGUGGGCUGCAGCGCACAAAGAGGCGUUCAACUGAGCGGUAGCAACUGGUAGUCGUUAUGAAAUUAUACCAAACUGUGUGUCUUUCUUAGACUUGUGUUUGGCCAUUCAGAUAUCAG